AUAAAACGAAAAGCUAGCUGCUAGUUUGCUCACUAGAUUGACCCUAUAUCGUAUUUAAUUAUAUAGGAUCAGUUAUAUUGAAAGCGUUUUUUUAAAAACUGAACAGUGCUAGUACAUUAAAAAUGCUAUUUGCUGAACUAUGCUCGCUGGCAGGCUAGCAUAGUAUGAUAACUAGUAUCAAUUUGCUGCAAAAUGGCACACUCACUACUCGGCUAUGUAGUUGCACGGUUCACCUGCUGCACCAAAAGCUCCGUGUGCGGGCUGUAGCCUACGGGAAACGGCCAUGAAGGUUACGGGGCGCGGCUCCAUGGAUCCGGGGUGUCCGAGGGCAGCGCGGAGGCCUGCGGAGAUGCAGAAGCUGCUGGCGGAGUUCCGCGCGCUGUACCGCGAGCGCCUCCAGCGAAUCGACCAAUCGGGCGGCGGCGGUGGCGAGGCGGCACUCCAGCGUAAGGUGACCGUACUGCAGUCGUUUGUGGAAGACCUGAGCGAGCAGAACGAGGUCCUCAUCCAGACGGUGGAGGACGUGAAGCAGGAGGCGGAGUCCCGGGUCUACGGUCUGCAGCAGGAGCUGGAGGUAACCGAGGAGACUGUCAAUCACCCGCUCAAUACUGCAGUCUGUACAGAGCCCCCACAUACACACAUACCCCGGGCGGAGGUGAUGACCCCGCCUCCGCCGAGCGUUCCGGAGCCUUUAAACGCGGGGAGCGCGGUGGAGGAGCGCGAGGCUCAGAUCCAGGAGCUGCAGGACACCAUCACGGAGCUGCACCAGGAGAUGUCCCUGAAGGACCAGGACAAGCUGAGCCAGCUGCAGGAGCUGCAUCUCCUGGAGAGCCGGGUCAAAGAGCUCACCCUGCAGGUGAAUACGAGCCAGCCCUCGUCAAGUGUACCCCCUCUUCAUCCCACAACAUUGAGGGGUACCGAGCUGCUGAAAUCUGAGCUGUCACGGCGGGACGCCUCCAUCCAGAAGCUGCGGCAGGACCUGCUCCUGUCCCACCAGGCCCGAGAUUCCCAGAGCGCACAGCUGGACGCCCAGGAGCGGCGGCUCGCCCAGCUGCGCAGGGAGCUGCAGGAGAGCCAGCAGGAGCUCCAGCGGGGUCGCGGCCGUACCCAGCAGCUGCAGGGGGACCUCGCCGCCGCAGAGAGCCAGGCCCAGGAGCUCCGCGCCCAGCUGUCGGAGGUCAAAGGUCGCCUGGUGCAGGUGGAGGGGGAGAAUGAGGCCCUCGGGGCUGGUAAACUGGAGCGGAGCGCUGAGGUGGACAGGCUGUCUGCGGAGCUGUGCUCCCUGCGGGCCGCGCUGCAGGAGCGGGAGAGAGGGAGCGAGGAGACAGCGCAGGCGGAGAGGAGGUGCGUGGAGCUGGAGAGGGAGCUGAGGGAGGCGCAGGUCCAGCUCACACACUGCCAGGAGAGAGCACAGAGCGCAAAGGAGAGGGCAGAAGAGCAGCUGAAGCAGCUGCAGACGGAGGUGUCCAGUCUGAAGGCCCAGCACAGCUCUGCCAAUCAGCAGCUGCAGGAGAGGAGUGUGGAGGUGCAGGAGGCGCGGCGGGCCCUGGAGGAGGCGCGGCGUGCUCUGGAGGAGGCGCGGGCGAGCGAGAGGGAGCAGAGCAGAGACUACGCGGCCCUGCGGCUCCAGCUGAGCCGCGCCAGGGAGGAGCUCGUCAGCGCCACCCGCAGGGAUGACGCGGUGCAGGAGCAGGGGGAGGAGCGGCGCAGGGUGGAGGAGCUGUGCGAGCAGCUGCAGGGGGAGGUGGGCCGACUGCAGGAACAGCUGGAGUCAGACCGAGCAGCGAUACAGACACAGAGGUGUCAGGGUGAAGAGGAGUUGGAGAGGCUGAGGAAGGAUCAGCAGCAGAUGAAAGAUGAGGUCAUCGCCGCAGAGCACAAGGCGAGCCGGCUGCAGAGGGAGGCGGAGCUGGCGGGGCGGGCGCGGCAGGAGGAGGCCGCCGAGCGGGAGGCGGAGCUCGGGGACUGGAGGAGCCGCUGCCGCCAGGCCUCCGAGGCGCUGGGGAAGCGGGACGCUGAGCUGGGGGAGGCGCAGCGUGCCCGAGACUCCGCCCACAGGAGCCUGAGGCUGCAGGAGGAGCGGGCCCAGAGGCUGGGCGCGGAGAAACAGAGGCUGGAGGAGGCGCUGGGGGAGACUGAGGCCAGGCUGGCGGAGAGGGAGGAGAGGACGGCCGACCUCGCUGCGGAGGCGGGGUCUCUCCGGGCGCGGCUGCAAGCCGUCGUCGACGACGCCCACGCCGUCCGGCUCCAGCUGCGGAGCUCCCAGGAUGCACUGCAGCAGGUGACGGCGGAGCUGCGGGCCUGCAGGAGAGAGGUGGAGGAGCGGGACUCCCUGAUUGGACAGAAGGAGGAGCAGGUGGAGGUGAUCCAGGCAGACCUGGAGCAGCUUCAGCAGCAGUACACCACCUGCUACACCCAGCUGGUGCAGGAGGAGCAGGCCGUGUCGCGGCUGAAGGAGGAGCUCAGAGACUCGGGGGAGCAGAGGGACCUGCUGGCCUCUCAGGUGGCGGAGCUGAACACAGAGACCCAGAGACUGCAGCAGGAACUGGACCUGCUCACAGAGAAACACACUGCCGCACAGCAGGAGGUGGCCAGCAGGGACGAAGCGGUGCUGAAACUAACGGCUGAUCUGAGAUCAGCCCAGGAGCACCUGAGAACAGCCCAGGAGGAGCUGACAGGGCAGGUGCAGGAGACGCAGGCUCAGGAGGAGGAGGUGAGGGCCCUGCAGAAGGAGGUGCAGCGUCUGCAGGAGGCCCUGAGCCUGAAACAGAGUGCUGUGGAAGAGGAGCAGCAGAGGAGCGCUCAGCUGCAGCAGGAGAGAGACACUCUGCAGGCACAGUGCGAGGGCCAGCAGGGGGCGCUGUGCGGCCUGCGCGAGGAGCUGGAGCGCUGCCAGGAGGAGGCGCGGGCGCAGGGGGAGCGCAGGGAGGAGGAGGCGCAGGGUCUGAGGGAGCAGCUGCAGGAGGUCCAGGCCCGGGCGGAGCAGCACCGCUCCAGCGCCGACGGGCUCCGGGCCGACCUCGAGCACGCCCAGAACCGCCGGAGAGAGGCGGAGGAGGAGGGCUUGCAGCGAGACGGCAGGCUGCGGGCCCAGGAGGCGGAGCUGACCAAGCUGCGGGCGGCCCUGCAGGAGGCGGAGUCUGUUGCCGCGGACGCGGAGGCCCGCCUGGAGCCUCUCUCUCAGUCUGUGGACCUGAGCAGGCAGAAGUACCAGGCCUGCCUGGCCAAGGUCACCCAGCUGGAGAGCACCCUGCAGGCCCGAGAGAGGGACCUGGAGGAGGCCAGAGCACAGGUGUCCGAGCGGGAGGAGCAGGUGGCGCGUCUGCGGGCGGAGGUGGCGGCGCUGCACGGCGACCUGCGGGCGCACUGCGCGCAGCUGGAGAGCGGGGACGACGCCCUCAGCGCGCUCAGCCAGCAGCUGCGCAGCACGCAGCAGGAGCUGCAGGAGUCCCGCAGCCACGGGCAGGAGUGUGAGCAGGUCAUCGGCACCCUGAGGGAGAGCUGCGCAGAUCUGCGAAGGCAGGUAGAAGAGCAGGAGGAGAUGGUUGUGACGGUCCAGGCAGAUUUCUCAGCCUACCGAGCGACUCACAUGCACGCAGACUCGGACUACAACUCCCAGCUUUCCCGCAUCCAGGAACUCCAGCAGGCGCUGUCCCGUGCCAUGGAGCAGUGUGCCCAGGGCAGCCAGGCGCUGAGCGAGAGUCAGGCCACACAGCAGCAGCUCAGAGACGAGGUGUGCCGAGUCAGCGAGCAGAGAGACAGCAGCAAGACAGAGGCCUUGAGGCUGCAGGAGGUGCUGAGCGAGCUGAAGGGGGAGCUGCUGGGGGAGGUGCAGAGGAGGCAGGCGGAGGUGGAGCUGGUGGAGCAGCAGGCUGCCCGGCUGGAGGAGGACCUGCGGGUGGCACUCCGUCAGUGCGCCCAGAAAGAGCAGAACAGAUACACACAGGGCGGAGUCACUGCCCGGCCCCGCCCACAAAGAACAGAUACACACAGGGCGGAGUCACUGCCCAGCCCCGCCCAAAAAGAGCAGGCGGUGCAGAAGAGGGACGCCCUGCUGAGGAAGUCGGAGGCGGACCUGGUGGAGGCGCGCAGCGCCAUCCGGGCCAAGGCCGCCGAGGCGGAGAGGCAGGCCGCCGCCCACCGCGCGCUGGAGGCCGACGCCCACCGCGCCCGGAGGGAGAGCCAGCAGAGGGAGAGCGAGUGCUCCGCCCACAGGGCGGAGCUUCUGCAGCUGAGGGAGGAGCUGAAGGAGGCUCAGACGCGCUGCAGGGACGCAGUGCAGGAGCUGGCCCGGCAGGAGGAGAAGAUGGCGCUGGUGGAGGGCGGGCAGCAGCGGGCGCAGGAGCAGCUGGGCGAGAGGGUGGCGGAGGUGGUGCGGGCGGAGCAGGCCCAGAGGAGGCUGCAGGCCGAGCUGCGCAGACUGAAGGAGCAGCUGGCCCAGGCGGAGCAGCAGAUCCAGGACUACAGGGCCCUGGUGGAGAGGCUGAAAGGGGAGGUUGGCGGGAGCAGGCAGGCCCAGCUGAGCGCGCAGCAGGACAGCCUCCUCCACCAGCAGGGGGCGCAGCAGCUGGAGGCGGAGCUGGCCAGCAGCAGGGAGCUGGUGAAGAGACUGCAGCUGCAGCUGCAGGAGCAGGCGGAGUCAGGCCGGGCGUUGAGGGCGGAGCUAUCUCAGGAGCAGAGCAGACAGCAGGAGCUGCAGGGUCGAGCCCAGAGCAGCAGAGAGAGAGAGAGCAGCCUGGAGGCUAAGCUCAACUCUACAGCUAGCCUGCUGAAGGAGAGAGAGAGGCAGGUGCACGGCCUGCAGGAGCGUGUGUCGGAGCUCCAGAGCGCCACCCUCAGGCUGCAGGCGGAGCAAGCGGCCUGUCAGUCACAGCUGCAGCAGUGCAGGAAGGAACAGGAGGCCAGCCAGGGCCACGCCCACCGAUGCAGCAAAGAGCUGAGCACGCUGGAGGACUGCGUAUCCCAGCUGCAGGUGGAGCUGGCCCAGGCGCGGGACGGCAGCAGGCAGGAGGCCGCAGACAGGGCCGGAGCAGAGCAGCAGCUCAGGGAGCUCAGGCUGGAGCUGGCCUCCGCACAGGGCUCCCACAGAGAGAGCAUGGAGCUGCUGGCGGAGCGCAGUCGGCAGCUGGCCGGUCUGCGCAGUGAGCUGUCGCGGACGCAGCAGCGGGGGGCGCAGCAGGCGGAGGAGAGAGCUGCGCUGGAGGACCGAGCUGCGCAGCUGAGCGCAGAGCUGCAGAAGCUGCGCAGCGUCAGCCGCCACUCGCUGGACGAGGUCCGGACGUACGAGGGCAGGCUGGCAGAGCUGAGUGCCCAGCUGGCACGUGCCCAGCGCUGGGGUCAGGAGCAGCUGGCGGCGCUGGAGAGCAGGGAGGAAGAGGUGGUGGUGAUGAAGGUGGAGCUGGCCUCCGUCAGGGAGAGCUACCACAGCAAGGUCAACCAGGUGGAAGCCCUGAACUCACAGCUGGAUGUGAUGAAGCAGAAAUACAGAACAGCAGCCAGUGAGGUGGAGGUGCUGCGGCAGUCUCUGGGCACCGCGCGCACCGACAGCUCCCGCCUGCAGAGGGAGAGCGAGCUGGUCGUGUCCAACGUCAACCAGUGGGUCAGGGAGCAGAAACAGGCCAAUGAGAAGCUGGGGAGCACCAUCAAAGACCAGAGCAAGAAGAUCGUCCACCUCACCGCGGAGAAGGAGCACCUGCAGGAGAGCGUGGGGGCGCUCCACAGGGAGAACAGGAAGCUGAAGGCCGAGCUGGACGACAGCAGGAUCGACGCGGAGAGACUCAGGGCCCUCAGCGUGGGUCCGGCUGACCAGCACAGCUUCCUAAACCGGACGUCCAGCCAGAGGCCCACCCCUGCUCUCAGGUCAGACCAGGCUGUCAGGGGGUCCACAAACGGUCAGAGGAAGAAGAAGCCUUUGGCUGCCAAACUGCAUUGCUAGGGCACAACCCCCCCCCCCUCCACACCCCCACCAACCCCUUCCGUUAGCCGCCAUUCUCACCGUCCUGUGUGAAAUCGGAGGGAAGCGGUCAACGGAGGAUCCCAAAUAUCGGGCGUGGCCCCGCUGCACCUCGGGGGUAAGGGCGGGGCAGACGUGCGUGUGUGGGCGGACCCAGGGCCUGUAACUGCACCGCACUGCAUUGUGGGAUGCAUUCCUCAAGGAUUCUCAAAGAGAGAAAGCUGUUACAAGGGCACCCAACUGCUGCCGGUGGCCAACAAUUAUGUUUAUGAAUUAUUGUAAUUUUUUUAAUUUAUUAUUUUUUUUGCCAUCCGAAAGAUUGUAUUUUUAAUAAGCAGUGAUGUGAAGUGUCACACUUGGAUGUGGAAAUUUCAAUGUGCUGUUGUCUACUCAGACUUCCUCUCCAUGUGCCCCCUCCCCCCCCCAAACAACCCCCCACCUUUGCUCGUUACACAGGAACAUUUCUAAAUAUUAAUGCUUCUGCGUGCCAAUAUUCACGGAUGUAAAUUUAUAUGUAAAAUACAUAUUUUUUACAUGAUCAAAAACACUGUUGAACGAUUUUAUCUCAUGAAUGUGUUUAAGACUGAGCUGCUUUAGGUGCAUUCUCUGACAUUGAGAGGCUAACUAUGUUUAUGAAUAUAGCAGGUUUAUAUACAUUUCCAGCAUUUUUUUAAAUAUCUGGGAGGGGGGACCCUUCUUUAGCUACACGAUGAAGCCGUUUUUAAUGAUUGAAAAGCACAAGAACUCAGACAAUCAAUGAAAAUUAGCACUGCACUGUUUCCACACCUUUUUUAAAACAGGGUUAAUUUUAGAAAUGUGAUUUUUCAAUGCGAAUGUAAUUAUGUCGUCGUAAUUAAGUGUACUGUAGGUUGUGUGCCUUUGCAUAUGACAUUGUCAAUAAAGAACUACAUUUUGAUUU